GACUAGUCGCAGUUAGGCGGUGUAACCUAUCUCGCCUGGAAACUAUGAAGGGAAACAGCUUCACUCGAUCCUAGAUGGAGAAAAGUUCAAUUGGAGGAUUUUUGUUUUAUUUGGUGACGCCUUUCGUUAUUUUGACCACCUGCAUUUUGGCGUGUUUUCCGGGAUAGUUGCACAAUAACUUGUGCUGUAGGCUACAACAAACGGAAUUUUCCAAGCCUGUAGUUUUAUUGCCUUGUCACAUGUCUCAGAACAUCUCGUCGGGCUCUCACUCUCUCUCCUGCUCAUGUUUUUUUUCUCCUUUUGCCAAGAUAUUGGAUUACCAAUAGCCUGAUGAAGACACAUCAUAGAGAGAUGCAGCACUGUUAAAAAAAACAACCUUUUAAACAGGUGGCAGAUCCAGCAACAGUUCAAGCUGUCCUGAUCAUCCUGUGCAACAAUAACAGGCUAUACCAUCAGAGAGACGCUGGGAUACAGUGCGCAGGCUCUCAGCGCUAUUCUACACCAUCAAACCCCAGAGCAACGCACAGCGGACACUCUGGCAUUACAGGUUUAUCGACGUGCAAACCUGAAGACAAUUCUGGAAAUCAAGCAGAACAUUUAGAGAGGACGGAAAAACACUUUUGGAACAUUAAUCAGUGGGGGGAAGUGAGUCUUUGUUACUCGUUCUUCCUUUGCCGAACUCUCCUCAGAAGGUCAGAGGAGCAUGUAACCGAAACAAGUGGAGCCCUCUGUGAUUUCAGCAUUCUGUCUCCCCCAUCUGUGCCUACAUUCGCCGCUACAGAUAGGGACGUUUUUGAUAAUUACAUGUAAUUAUAAUUUCUGUGGGAGACAGAUCUGCCUCUGUCUAUUAUUGCCAACACCUCCAACACAAUAACUUCACACAUUUACAUAUUUCUCAACAAAAGUGAUAUUCUUUGAAGACAAAUCAGGAAUAAUUUUACUGAGAGAGACAUGUCACAUGGAGACAAAAUGUGCCAUUCAGUUCAUAUCUAAUUAGUAAAACGGUUGAAUGACACGGGUAACUUUUUGUGCCUAAAAGCUGAAUAGGGAGCAUUUAAAAUCUGUGACGUUUGCCUCACUUUGCAAUGUUUUUCACAGGCUGGGAGUCAUUUUCUUGUUUUAUGCUUAUUCCUAAAUUUUAGCUGCAACCGUCUUCUAGCACCUAAACUGAGCCUUCCUCAUUAUUCAUCAUCGGCCAAAUCACAGUAACAGUCUGUGUGGAUGCUCAAUAAUCCAAUCAUAGACAAGAUUGAGAUAAAGUACACAUUGUAUCUACAGAUGUGAUGAGUGCCUAGAACAAGAUAUCAUGGAGAAAGGUCUGUGUCUCAGAAGAACUAAGCAUCAUUACUGGCCGUUUUCCGUCAGUGGUGCAGUCUGUUAAUCUCAUGAUUGUUUACAAAAUACAUAUUAAGAAAUAUAGAUUUCAUACAUUUUUCAAGAAGGGAAUUGCUUACAGCUUAAAUAAGUGCCAAUUCUGAAUGUGCCAGACUGAAACAGUCGUCCAGGAAUGAAUAAAACAGGUACAAUUGUUUACAUUUGAUAAAACACUGGCCAUAGACCAUAGUUCAAGUGCCAUGGUCAGUAAGAAUGUAUAGGACUGCCAUAUUUUAUUGAAAAUCCUUGCUACUCCUUUUAACUGGCCUUUUUGGUUACAAAUUAAUUCCAUCCAGCAGUACGUCAGAGACUUGUUCUUUUGUUCAGCGGGAAGUGUGGAACAAGGCAUUAAGGACUAAAAGCAUGAAGAUUGUUGUUUUCAAUCUGUCCUUUUUACAAAGCCGCAUCCAUUUUAGUCUUCUAGACUUGAAAGGACAAAAGAUGAAGUCAUUACGCAUUCAGAGUUCCUUUCUAGCAGUAAAUUAAAACCAUUUUAAUACCAUUAUCGACAAUUACUAAAACCUACCAACUGUUUUUAUAGUGGUAGACCUUUUCAUUUGUAUUUUUCCUGACCUUUUCUAAUAUUACUCCAUAUAAAUAAGCAGUUUCUACAUUUCAGUGUCUUUAAAUUUCAUCAUCCAACAUUACUGAAUGAAACUACUGAUACAUCAUAAAUAUUUAGUAGGUUGUACAUGCUACUUGAAUAUUUCACAUGCCAUUUUAGUGGGUUAAACGGCAAAAGUGGAUACUGCAUUGACUCAACAACAGAAAAUAGAUCUCUUAGUCAUGUAAAAAUGACGCCCACCACCAAUCUUCGAGUCCUCGCUGUCUCCCUGCUCUCCCUCCUCACCGCCCCUCUCACCACUGUUGUGGAGACCUCGCCGUCCCCCAUUCCUCAGCAAAUGGACCCCCCAGGGAGGCCUUUCACCGAGCAGCCAAAGACUAGCCGCGGCCCCCCUCUCCUGCUCCUCGCCAUGCAGGCCAACAUCAGGCCAGCUGCUCUUCAAGGCAGGACCAAAGCACCCGAGAAACUUCCAGAAGCCUCAUUUCUCGAGGAGCUUCCGAGGCCCCUUCCCCAGGUCAUGUUCCCCAAAAAUGUGACUUCAUCAAAGGCCCUUGCACCUCCCUUAGGCGCUGCCCAGGUAGCGCCCAUACCACCCCGUUUGGUGGAGGUAUGGAUUGAUGUAUGUCGGGGUUAUUAUGACGUAAUGGGACAAAUUGACACCUCUUUCAAUUGCUCCAAGGACUCGUUCAUCUUUUGCUGUGGAACCUGCCACUACCGCUUCUGCUGCCCAGACCGAACCCGGCAACUGGAUCAGGAAAGUUGUACAAACUAUGACUCUCCAGACUGGGCCAAGCCACAGACAGACCCCAUGAUGUUGCCAGAUGAAUUAGGUCCCGACCCAGACUUUGAUCCACUGAAGCAACAGAGCCACAACACAGGCUUCGUCAUUGGAGGCGUGAUCGUGUUCAUGGUGGCUGUCGCCGUGGGAAUCAAGGUGGUCUUCAACAAGGUUCAACAGGAAGCUAACCAACGGGACCUCAACAUGCCCAGAGCCCUGGUUGACAUGCUGCGGCACCAAUCGAGCCCUGUCCAGCAAGAUGAGAGAAACAACAGUGUGGCUCUGGCUGUAGGUGACGGGACUGGGACACUGGGGAGACCUCCGAAAAAUCUCUACGCCCCAGGACUGCCGAGCAAAGACAACAGAUUGGGAAAUAUUCAGCACAAUUUCAUCCAUACUUCAGGCACCAGCCCCAAGCACACUGCGACUAUCGAACGCACCCCCCGGAUGAACAAUGCUCAGCUGGCAGCUGGAGGCACCCUGCUUUCCAGUAAACACAACAACACCAAAUCCCAGCCGGCCUUCCACCACUCCCUGCACAACCUUGCUCAGCUGCCGCCCUCCUACGAGAGUGCCACCAAGCCUGAGCUCAACCGAUACUCCUCACUCAAACGCCUCGAGAAAGGUCUUGAUGAGUACUCGUCUGGUUACUGCACCACCAAGCGCCGGCCCCACACCGCCCAGCCGGCCCUCCAGUCCUCCCAGCACCACCUCCACUGGGGUGGAGACUACACCCUGAGUGGGAGAGGAACCCUUCCCCGGCACGCAGUCCGUCCCUGGAUCCCGCCUCCGCCUUCUGGCAUGCCUGCUUCACCCACACCCAAUCCUUACCCUCUGGAUCCCCCGGAGCCCCAGUACAACCCCAACUACGAAACUCUCUCCAAGCCCAGGAAAGUUAAACCCAAUGACCAGCUGCUCAACAUGGGGGACGUCCCAGGUAACACAGGGACACUGUCCAGGAUGUCCAAGAACCAGCAACACCAGUACUACAAAGCCAUGGUUGCCUCCAACAAGAACACCAACACGCAGACGCUCACCAGGCAGGGGAGAGAUGGGAGAGAUGGGAGGCAGGAGAGAGAUGGGAGGCAGGAGAGAGAUGUGAGAGAUGUGAGAGAUGUGAGAGAUGUGAGAGAUGUGAGAGAUGUGAGAGAUGUGAGAGAUGUGAGAGAUGGGAGAGAUGUGAGAGAUGUGAGAGAUGUGAGAGAUGGGAGAGAUGGGAGAGAUGUGAGAGAUGGGAGGCAGGAGAGAGAUGGGAGGCAGGAGAGAGAUGGGAGAGAUGGGAGGCAGGAGAGAGAUGGAAGGCAAGAGAGAGAUGGGAGGCAGGAGAGAGAUGGGAGGCAGGAGAGAGAUGGGAGGCAAGAGAGAGAUGGGAGGCAAGAAAGAGAUGGGAGGCAGGAGAGAGAGGAACGGCUGCUCAUGUCCCCGGACCAUUUGGAGGAAAGGAUGGGGGUCGGUGGGAUGGGGGUCGUAGAUCCGUACGCCCACACGGGAGGGGCCGUCCCCACGCUGCCCCGCCAGCAGAAGGCCCAGUCCCAGCAGAACGUCUGCGCCACGCCCUCCCUCGACCGACACCACAUGAUCAAGAUGAACUCUCACCCCACGUCCGGACGCGAGCAGGAGAGGAACACGCCCAUGACGGGGCACAUGAGCGCAAACAUGGGCUGGCAGGGGGAGGGGCCCGGGGCGGGGGUAGUCAUGGGAACGGGAACACUAGGGGGCCACAGUGCCAGGAGGAUGGCUUUCGCAGCAAAAAGGCAAAACACCAUUGAGCAGCUAAAUUUCAUACCAGGAGGGGGUGGCGGGGGGUCGUCGGGGAGUGCAGGAGGGAGUCAGGGGAUCAGGACGGGGAGCAAAAACGAGGUGACGGUGUGAGGUUUGUGCCUAAUGUAGAGUUUACCCCUCAUCAAAGGGAUGGGAGUAGAUCACCCUUCUGCAUUUAACUAUUAGAUAUAUAACUACAAGAACUAGAAGUAUAAAAUAUAGUAACAUUAGAAUGUGUUUAGGCUAUUCAAAUUAGUGUAAUCUAGUAAUUCAAUAGCUUAAAUAUGAUUAAUCGGUUAAAAAUCUAGGUGGGGAAUAUCUGUAACAAUUAUGUGAUAGCCUACGUCAGCCAUAUUUUGUAACAAAGUUUGCCAUAUACAGCGGUGCCAUUACUUGUAGAAAGACUAAAAAGGGUGAAACAAAACCAACCGAAGUGUCGUUCAUAAUUUUGUUUUUAUAUGUUUUUCAAAAGUACUCAGGAGCCAUAUUAGAUAGGGAACAAGAGGAUAUAUAUAUAUAUAGAGAUAGAAGAGGUCGCUGCAGAGGAGGAGCAUGUAGAGUAUUGUAUCACAGAAUUUAACAGAGAAUUGAGCCAACUACCUGCUGGACUGUCAACCUGCUCAGCUCUCGCCAACAUUGAUUGAUUAAACUGAACCUCAUGGGUGAGCAGCCCGGUGGACCAGAGGAGCGGGAGUGAACCAUGUGCCUGGAGAGGGAUUUUGGAGAUCUGAUACUCAACCUCAUCCUGACACAGGGAGACAAAACUUUGUGUUGCUUCCUUUGAUGACGAGCGGCCGAGGUGGGAGCUGUUUGCGACUUGGACACAGCAGCCUGUUGGCAGGACUCCGCACCUGAUUUUAAAAGCGCGGACGUACCCACAUCACCAAUCUGACGCCUGGGUUGCCUAGUUUUCCAUGUUACCUUAGAUCCAAUUCCAGAGAGACACACUCUGGUCACUGUUACACUGCAGUAAGCUGACGUUAGAUAACGUUAUGGGUGAUUUCCCCCCCUAACGUUCCCAUCUAUAGAUCAGGACCUAACUGUAAGAACAUUGGGCUACCAAAUAAAAUAGAGCCAUCUGUCAUGUUAUUACAAAAAUAUCUUGACAAAAACAUAGACGAGCCAGGAGACGCAUGUGUUCAGUUUACCAAUAAAGAGGCAACUUGCUUUAAUUGCAGGUUGUGAACGAAGAGCAAAGGUUUUUCUACAGAGCACAAAUGAAUAGACCGUGACGCAGAGGUUGCACUUACACAACUGUCCUUCAAAGCCAUUUACGGAGAUACAAAGAAAAUACCACAGAGGAAGCUGGUCUGACAAUCACCAUUUUAUUAUUCUCACCAGGUGACAAAUUACAAAAGGCAGAUAUUUUGUACAGUCAAAGGAUUGGCUUCAGAGCAAGCCAAAAAAAAACUCUGAGUCAGGAGAGAGAGGGCGACCUGAGGCCUUCUCCUGCAUGGCUCAUAUGCCGUAAGAGACUCGGAUGAUUAGGAAGCCCUCCCCUUCCUCAAGAGGAAGACCUUGCUGUAUCAUAACGCACUUCAGCCAGUAUGAGUAAAAAAAAAAGAAAAGAAAAAAAAGAAAAGAGAAAAAAAAAUGUUCAUCAAUAACAACGCUUAUCAAUACUAAGGGCUAUCCUAUCCUAUAUACUGUAGUAUGUGAUAUCUGUGGUCCAUAUAAAAUACUAUCUCUUUCUCUUGAUUUUGUGUUGAUAUUGUCAUGUUGUAUUAAGUAUUAAUGUGUACAAAAAACAAGAGCAAUUUAAGCACAGUUCAAAGAGAAGCACAGAGACACAAAUCUAUCCCAAUAUUUGCACCUGAUACAGACUUACUCUGUAUCGUGUCCUCAAAGUUUACAAUCUGUUCAAGCACGGCUGACAGUGGGACUGAUCAAUGGAGGGUAUUGUAUUGAGAGAGGAUUUUUUGUAUCAACAUGAAAUCAGAGAUCAUUUUGGCAGAUCUAAGAAUGAACUUGUUACUGCUUGAUUUUUGUUCAGUCAUAUGGAAGGAUACAGAUAUCAAAUACUGACAAACAGAAACACAGAUUUCAUUUGGACAAUCUUCCUAUACACAGUGCUAAAUGUAGUUGUUAUGAAUAUGAUGGAGUGUUAUUAUUAAUAAUUAUUAUAACUGUUAUGGUUAUUAUUAACAAUUAUCUUAUGAUGUGAUGUUCUUUUACUUGGUGGGAUUUAAGUGUUUAUUGUUUUUAGAUAACUAGAAUUCUCAUGACUAGUUUUUUUUUUUUCAUGGUCAUAAACUCAAGUUUUUAAAAACAUUCCAAAUCUUGAUGCAUGCCAGCUCCAUUUCAUUGAGAGGCAGUUACAGAAUGCCUGGAUUUUAAGGUCAUCAAUGCUUUUAUGGCCACUUUCUCCAGCUGUAUGUACGUACUGUGCCUAGACAUCGGCCUUAUGACUUCUUGAUCUCAAGUGAAAUUAGGUUUCCACUCGGGUAUUCAAAAUAUCUAUUGAAAAAAUCUGCAGCCUUCUAAACGUAUGUGUAGACGACGGUGUCUUAACAGCCAGUGAGGGAUAGGUGUGUUCGGGACAGGGACAGACGUUUAUUAUCCAGACUGGAGGCGGUCUGCUGUCUCCACUACAGAUGACCCCAUAACAUUGUGGAUUGUACACACUGAAACCCAUGAUGCCAUAAUGUAUGUGUGUUCGGAUGAAUGUUUAUUACACAGGUUGGAGAGAAACGGAGCUCUGAUGGAAACCUGAAUGCUUUGAGUGUCUUUUUUCAGGGAAAUAGGACAGUUGACAUACAGUAGUAUUAGAUUUUUUUAAUAGAGCCACAAAAGGUCUGUAGCAAAGUCUGUAAAAUCUCACAAGCCAUAUCCAUUGAAACUCAUCAUUCACAAUUUUAUAAAUGGUUAAUCUAAUUUGUGCAAGUAUUGUAUUUUGUAUAGCUAGUACAAUCAGAAUAUUUUGAGUGAUCUCUUCGACAUUAAUUUAAGGGUUCAAAAAAUUAUGUGUUAGUAGUUAAUGAAUUGUACAGUGCCAAACUCAUAACAUUUUGUUGUCUUUCUAUUGCCAUAGCUUCCUACAACACUAAAGGGGUUAUUUAUUUUUCCCAUCUGAGAACUAACGCACAGGCAAGUUAGCCAAAAGAGCUAGUUAUUAGAAAUAAAUUAAUGAAUAUUGUGUGUGUUUUUACCAUUAUGAAUUAAUUUUAGAGGGAGGAUGGUUAAUGGCCACAAGAAAUGUAAAGCAUUGCGAACAGUAAAUUGUAUGGACAGGGACUGUGUCCAGUAUAUCCGGUAAUUCACGGAUUUAUUUUCAUGACUAUACAUUUCAAAACUACCCUUUUGUUAUUGUUCAAUGCAUUGAUCCCCUUGGAUACGACAGUGACUUACAAAUAAUUUGUAUAAUAAAGUUGGUGGAAAAAA